AUGAGUUUAGAUGUCAUUAAACGAGCCGAUCCAACAGAUGAUUACGAGUUGUUACAGAGAGUAGGUUCAGGUACAUAUGGCGAGGUUUACAAGGCUAAACAUAUCAGGACAGGCGAAUUAUCUGCAGUGAAGGUGGUGAAACUGGAAGCUGGUGAUAAUUUCGCUGUUAUUCAGCAAGAAAUUUUGAUGAUACGUGGUUGCGUGCAUCCAAAUAUAAUUGCAUAUCAUGGCAGUUAUCUGCGUCGUGAUCGGCUAUGGAUUGUUAUGGAGUAUUGUAGUGGUGGCUCGCUUCAAGACAUUUAUCACAUGACUGGCCCUCUGUCAGAGCUACAAAUAGCAUUUGUUUGUCGUGAAACGCUGAAGGGUCUUCACUAUUUGCAUUCGAAAGGUAUGGUACAUCGGGACAUAAAAGGAGCAAAUAUACUGCUUACCCAUUCUGGUGAUGUGAAACUUGCUGAUUUUGGUAUUGCUGCACAAAUUACCGCUACUAUUGGAAAACGGAAGUCAUUCAUCGGUACUCCUUAUUGGAUGGCACCAGAAGUAGCAUGUGUGGAACGUCGAGGCGGUUAUGGUGUGGAAUGCGAUGUUUGGGCCAUUGGAAUUACAGCAAUUGAACUAGCUGAAUUGCAACCACCACUGUUUGAUUUGCAUCCUAUGCAAGUUUUGUACCUUAUGACGAAGUCGUCUUAUAAAUCACCAACACUUAAAGAUAAAUAUAAGUGGUCACCAUUUUUCCACGAUUUUAUUAAACAGUGUUUAACGAAAAAUCCGAAAAAAAGACCAACUCCAGAAAAGCUCUUAGCCAGUCAUCACUUUGUUCUUGGAGCGCUUUCCUCUCGAAUGACUCGAGAUCUGCUGGAUAAAGUUAACAAUCCUGGCGGUAUCUCCUCCGCUUCCGUAUUUGUUAGACAGGUUUCUGCAGUGUAUACGGAUGAAGAUGAAGAGGGCGAAAUAUUGACAAUAUCGCGAAUUAAAUCACGUGGUCAUGCAUAUCCUCGUGCUGCGCAAGAUGCAAUACGUGUAUGUGACGAUGCAAAUGCACUUAUGGCACGAAUUUGGGGAGAGCCAUCAACUUCAGAAGUCUCCAUAUCGAAUUUAGGUCGACAUUAUCACGAGGCCCGUUUUUCAUUACAAUCGGAAGUUGAAGAUCGCACACUCCCUGCCAAAGAACAUCCGCCAUUACCAGAUGUUGUGCAAGCGUUAUCGUUGCUUAAUGAUAAUGAUGGUGUUAUACAUGACACAGACGAUGGAACCUUGUGUUCAUCAGAACAAAUUAAUGGUUCUUCGGGUUCGGAUUUUUUUAUGCCUCAACGUCCACCACGUACUAAACAACCAAUAAAGCGAUGUUCAUCACUCGAAUCACCACAUUCCGAUCCAUAUCUAAAUGAGCAAGUUAGACAUCGGGUUAAUGGGUGUUCAAGUUAUGUUCUUCAACGACCUCAGACCUGUUUCGGACUGCCACCGACACCAAAGGUCGCGAUGGGUGCAUGUUUUUCGCUUAUUUUCCAUGAUUGUCCAUUACAUAUAAAUAGCACCGCAACAUGGAUUCAUCCGAAUACUUCACGACAAUUUUUGCUGAUUGGUGCAGAAGAGGGUAUUUUCACAUUGGACAUGGAUGAAUUGCAUGAAGCAGCAAUGCUUUUGAUACAUAAACGACGCUGUUCAUGGUUGUAUGUGCAGAAAAAUACUUUGAUGGCCGUACAAGGGAGAACUCCCUAUCUUUACCGUCAUGACUUAGUUGCUUUGUCUCAGCGAAAUCUUACACAAAGAAUAUCAAAACCAAUGAAUAAGAUUCCUGAGAAGUACCUACCAAAGAAACUUGCUAUAACAACACGCUUACCUGAAACCAAAGACGUUAUCCAUUGCAAUGUAGCUCGAAGUGGUGUAAAUGGUAAUGUAUAUCUCUGUUGUGCAACACCAUCUGCUGUAAUAUUAUUCCAGUGGUACGAACCACUGGCUAAAUUUCUAAUACUGAAGACAGUUGAAAUGCGCAUUCCUCAUUUCCCACUUCGACCUUUUCAGUUGAUAUAUUCUGCCGGGACAGAUGCUGAUUUUCCAAAAGUUUGUUUGGCAGUAUACAAGGGGGUAGGACAUAAAUUUCACCUUCAUUAUGUGAAUUUUAAUGACGAAAGUGUGCAUUGUGACUUGGAUGGACAAGAUCGAACAGAAGCUGUUUGUCUUAGCGUUGUCGCGUUAAAACAAGUUGAAAGGGAUGCAUUGUUAUUGUGCUAUGAAAAUCGAUGUGUUGUGAUCAAUCAGAUAGGAGUUGUUAAAUCGUCUCGUCUCUCGCCAGCACAGUUCAAAUUUGGUUUUCAAAUUGAAAAUCUUGUUUCGCUUUCAGAUUCAAUUCUUGCUUUUUAUCCACAUGGCGUACAGGGUCGUGCUUUUGUUGAUGGCUCAAUUACGCAGGACAUCAAUGAUCCAAAUAACAUAUAUCAAGUUGUUGGGAGUGAUAAAUUGGUGGUUUUAAAACGGAGAGAAACAUCUGCAGCCGGAGAUUUAUGUGAUUUAUGCAUACUAACUGGACAUGAGAGUACUUUGGCUGGCUGA